AUGACACUGCUAUAUGGCACUGCUAUAUGGCACUGAUAGGCGGCACUGAUAGGCGGCACUGACUGGCACUGAUAGGUGGCACUGAUUGGCAGCACUGAUAGUUGGCAUUGAUGGGUGACAUCGAAAGGCAGCUCAGAUGGGCACUGAUAUGUGGCAUUGAUGUGCACUGGUAGGCACUGAUAUGUGGCAUUGAUGAGCACUGACACAAGGCACUGAUGGACACUGACAGGUGGCACUUCUGGGGCCACACUGAUCAUCAGGGCAUACUGAUCAUCAGUGCCCUCAUGAUCACUGUCAGCGUGACCGCUCGAGAGGAGAGAAAUGCGAUAACCGGCAUUUCCGUGUUUACAUGUGAU